UCUCCACAGAGGUUCCCGCGGCCCCUGACGGCCCCCUCCGCUCCUCUCUUGCAGACUUCUCCACCCAGGUGAACUCCUCGUCCCUCAGCUCCCCCUCCGGCCGGGGCCCCAUGGCCGCCCCCUCGCUGCACCCCUCGCUGGGGCCCGGCAUCGGCGCGCCCCUGGGCUCCCCGGGACAGCUGCAGUCGCCCAUGAGCACGCUGGGCUCCCCCAUCAACGGCAUGGGCCCGCCCUUCUCCGUCAUCAGCCCCCCCGUGGGCCCCCACUCCAUGUCGGUGCCCACCACGCCCACGCUGGGCUUCGGCACGGGCAGCCCACAGCUCAGCUCCCCCAUGAACCCCGUCAGCAGCAGCGAGGACGUCAAGCCCCCGCUGGGCCUCAACGGCGUGCUCAAGGUCCCGGCCCACCCCGCUGGGAACAUGGCGUCCUUCACCAAGGGAGGUGGGCAACGGGAGGCCGUGCCUGCAGCUCAGAGCAGCCGACCUCAGCGCCGCCCGAGCCUCGUGGGCUGGGUGGCAGGCCCUGACCUGCGCCACCCCGCAGACUCCAAGGGGCUGUCCAACCCCGCCGAGGUGGAGGCGCUGCGGGAGAAGGUGUACGCGUCCCUGGAGGCCUACUGCAAGCACAAGUACCCCGAGCAGCCUGGCAGGUUCGCCAAGCUGCUGCUGCGUCUGCCAGCCCUGCGCUCCAUCGGCCUCAAGUGCCUGGAGCACCUCUUCUUCUUCAAGCUCAUCGGGGACACGCCCAUCGACACCUUCCUCAUGGAGAUGCUGGAGGCGCCCCACCAGAUGACCUAGGCGGACCUCGCUGUGCCCUCUCAGCCCCGCGGCCGCGGCCCCUGGGACC